GGGGAUCAAGGUCAUCGUUCAAGAAAGUUGCGCGAGUAAUAACUGAACCAGCAAGUGACCAGAGAGAAUAUACGAGCUGACCAGAAGCUGUCGACAACAGCAAAGAAGGGAAUAGUUUGAGUGGAGAGAAGAGACUGACUUGCGGUAAAAAGUCCAUUGUUAUAAUUGCUUCUAGACAGCUCCAAUCUAGUUGUCAUCUCUGUUAAUUCGUGUGAAUGUGGCUGGGACCGAGUUCCGAAAUGAAAACCUAUACAUCUCAUAUGUGAAGUUGAACAAUUCAGUUGACAGAAUCGUGGUGCUUGCUGAUUGCCCAACUUCCAAACUUGGGAUUGACAAUAUUAUUCAUCUAAUUAUUUUGUGGAUAUAAUGUUUAUGUAUGGCGAUGUUUGAAGAGAAGAUUAUUAAGAAGGUGCCUGGAAAUGUGUACCCCAGUCCUAAGGAAAAACAAGGUUAUAUUGAAAAUUUAAAUUCUAAAACUAAAGUGGAAUUAUUAGAAUUAUUGGAAAGGCAAGAUAAACUGUUAUCUAAUAAGUCUUUUAUAAAAAAAUUACCUGAUCAAGGGAACAGAAUUAAGACUUUUCGAGAGCGUGUGCUUAAGGCUUUAGCAGAGAAAGAUCAAAUUGACCAAACUUGUGGACUUUUGUCUGGUCUUUCCCUCUCAAAAAGUAAUGUGGUAGAUGAAAUUGAGUGGACAGGGGAAUUAACUGGUGUUCUAAAUGAAAGCAGUGAUAUUAGCAGUGAUGAAGAUAUUAAUCCCUUGAAAAUUCUUGCAUCUCAUUCUGGUACAGGAAGAUUAAAGAAAAAGAUACACAGUUCUUCUGAUGAAGAUUUACAUAUUUGUGCUGUGUCUUGGAAAAAAGUGUUGGAUACUAUCGGAAAAGAUGGUUUCCGCGAAGGAGUAAGUGCAGGACAUGAAAAAACAUACCAAGAUGCAUUUGAUUUGGGUUAUAAACAAGGUCACAGUCUUGGUCGUCGAUUCGGAUUUCUUAAAGGUGCUCUUGAUGUUUUGAAAAUGUAUGAUUCAAAUUUUUCAACUUUCACUGAAGAUUCUUUUAGAGUUGAUAAAUUACAUAAAACAUGCAUUAGCUGUGGGGUGGAAAAGGAAAUUAAAAAAUUUAACCAAUUGCAUUCCAAAACAGAAGAUGAAAAUCCUUUGAAAAAUAAUGACUCCUUUUCUGGAAAUGAUUUAGCUGGAAGUUCUGAUAACUUUAAUAGUUCCCAGAAGUGCAAUGGGAAUAUGUCUGCUGAUCACAUGCGAUUGAAGGAACAAGUCAAAUUGGAAACAAAUAGAGAUACUUCUUUAAUAAGUGUUCCAGAAGAGGAUUCCAAUGAAGAGAAUUUGGAAACCAGCAUUAAGUCAUCGAAAGAAGAUACUACAGAAGUAAAGCCUUGUAAUGAUCUUUAUGCAAAGCAUUUAUGUGAAAAAGUUGAUAAGCCACCAUGCAAGAAAAGUGAGCCAUUUAAACCUCACUCCACUACAAAAUCUGGUGUGCAUCCUGGAUUAUUUGUUCCCAAGCAUCAAGGCCCACAUUGGGAGGUGACAGCAGCUACUCCACCCCCUCCUGUUCAUGGAGCAGUCAAACUUAUAACGCUUGAAGAAAGCUUACGGAUUCAGCAAUUACAGGCUGCCAAGCUAAAGACCAUACAGGCAAAGCAUGCAUCUGAGAAGUUAGCUAUAAAUUCCUUUGUGAAACUUGGUUCCAUUUUGCCUGACCUCUCAGCAAGAACCGAGUAUCGUGACACACAACAGGAAUAUGAUUCUUGCCACAGUUCUGACGCAGAAGAAAAUGAGGGGCAAAGUGAUGAGGAUGACAAGAGAGAUACAAUUGUUUAUACAUACACAGAGUAACCAUUCAUUUUGUAACUUGUGGAAAGAUUUGCCUCAAACAAAAUUGAAUUUAAGAAAAUUAUUUCAAAGUUCUUAUGUUAAGAUAAAUAAAUUAUUUUUUGAGUAAAAGCUUCAUAAUCUUGGUGUAUUAUUUAAAAACCCUUUAGCGUGUUCUUGCUGUAAAUGCAAAUAGUUGUGUAAAUUGAACUGAUGCAAUUCACAUUUGUCAUUAGGAUGAAUUAAUUCUUAGUUUGCAUUGUGAAUAUUACAUAUAUUGGGAUGUGAAUUGUAAAGACCUACUGCAAGCAUUGGAUAUAUCUGGAACACAAGCAGCAGGAAUUGAGAUGCCAUAUGAACAUGUCUUAGUUCACACAUGAACAGUAGAGUAGCAAUUACUUCAUUUUUACAUGGUCUAUUAUGUUAGUAAAUCAAAAGUGGAUAAAUUUUCUUUUAUUACGAAUUCUUUUCAUUGCUGCAUACUAAAAUUUGAACAUGACCAUUUCAAAGAUUGAAGAAUAUUAAAUGUGUGCCGAGUAAAUAUUAAUGGGGAACUCCAUUUAAAAUCAUCAGAACUAUUCAAAAUUGAACAACAAAUACAUUUACUAAAGAAUAUCAUUUUUAAUAAAAUCUGUUAUUGCGAAGUAAAUUCCACCACCGGCUCUUUAUCAAUGCUGUGGUUUUCUUAUUCAGCUUCAUGAAUUUACUCUUUCUCCACAACUUUUUUCUUUUGUGAAUCGUAAUUAAUAUCUACGAUUUAAUUUUCUACAGUUUUUAAUAGUUUUCAGUAAUUAAAAGGGAACAGUUUUCUCCAUAUCAAUGGAAAAAUUAAAACCUACCUGGCAUUGUGGCAUUCUCUCCCAUUGUUCAUGGUUCUUCAUUACAGCAUUUCAUGAUUAUUGUAAUGAAGAUAUCUUGCUGCAGCCUGCUGGGCUGAGGAAAUCCACCGGGUUUGAACAGACUCAUCUAUAUCCAUCUGUCAUUGAAUAGUUAAUUUUAAAUUGGUAGUCUCCAAUUAAAUGUUAUAUUUUACAAGCAUUACAAGGACAGUUAAAGUUUAAUGAUUCAUCAAUUUUAUUGCCAAAUAUAAGUGAAUUGCAUGUAUUGUAUUUGCUGAAAACUAAUAUUCAUUCUUUUGCUAAAGAAAACAGUUUUUCAUUUAAUAUUAAUAUAUAUGAAUUCUUAGUCAUUCACACAUACAUGGGUUACUAAUAUAUUUCAAUACAUUUUAAUAAUUAUUAUUAUUAUUACUAUUAUUUUUACUUGUAGUAACAAAGAGUUGCCUCUGUGAAAGUAGAGCCCGAAUAAAGUUUGGUACAAUAAUUUUUAUACUACCUUCUACUGGCAAGUUUUAACUUCGUAAUUAUGAUGCAUUUUCUUAAGAAUUAAUACAUUAUAAAUUAAUUUCAGAUUUCACUAAUUAAAAAUUCAAUACUCUGAUUGGCUCAAAAACUCUUAAGCAAUGAUGUCUGACAAUCUUCCAAUAGCAAAUUGCUAUGGAGAUGAUCAAAGGGUUAAUUACAUCUAAUAUAUGGUGGGAUAUUCCAAUUACUAUUUACAAAAUUGUUAAGAACAAAUGUGAGAGAGAAAAAUGUCCAGAAGGGGGCAUCCCUUUACUUGCCGAAUUACAUUUUCUUCAUAGAAUUCAUUUUAGAUAUUUAUUUUGACAAUUAUAAAUGCUUACAGUUUUAUAUGCGAACUUACCAUUUCUAACUUGACAUGUGCCUUGAUAAAAUCUAAUGGCUAAUGUCAAUACUGGUAAAUAAGUUCAUAAUACCAUACAGUUAGUAUUUCCAAGUCUUUUCCUUAAAAAUCUCUUCAAAAUGAAUACUCAUUUACAAUUACAGAGUUAUGAAUAAACUCUUGGUUCAUUAGCUUGAAAAGGACGCUCAAACCAAGACACUUUUAGUAAAAUAUUUUUAAGCUACAAAUGUUCUUCCGAGCAUUGUUGAACGUUUUUAACUUACGCUGCUGUAAAUAUUGCUCAUGUGGCAAAUAUAUUAUUUUUUAAAUAUGUUUUUGUUUCAAAUUGCUAGUAUGCAAUCUCCAUAUGCAUUUGUUGGCUAUUUAGAAUGUGAUACAGUGCUGAAAUUUAUUCAGCCUUAAAUAUUCACUAUUAAAUGCUGUAUAAAAUGAUGUCCUAAGAUCCUUGUAUGUUCAAAAAUAUAACAAUCAUUAUCUCAGAGAUCAUCUCUUCUCUCGAUCUUCACUAAUUCAACUUCAAAUAUUAGUGUUGCAUCUCCUGGAAUCUUAGGAGGGGCUCCUGUUGAUCCAUACCCUAACUCAGGUGGUAUAACCAAUUUCCGUUUUUCUCCUUCACACAUUCCCAUUAAUCCUUGAUCCCAGCCUUUGAUGACUUGUGCAGACCCCAGUGUAAAUGUAAGGGGUUGUCCUCGCCCAUAGCUGCUAUCAAAUUCAGUGCCAUCUUCCAGAGUACCCUUAUAAUGCAUGUGUAAGAAAUCCCCUUUCUUCGACUUCACCUGACAGUUGUCUACUCUCUUCUUUACGCCAAUUUGAAGCUUUUUCUUCGAACUUUUUUCUUCUUGACCGUGAACUUCAUGUACGAAGGAAAAUGCAAGUAAAAUGAACAUUACAGAAAUGCACGUCCUAGGAGGAACCAUCGUGCCUAGGACUCCGGUUAUAACAACGCGGCGACGCUUCCUCAAUGACGGUCAAUAUUACUCGACGACGUUGAAAACAGAAUUCAAGCACGACUGUUGUCAGAGCUCAUGUCCAGCCUUCGUUCUCUUCCACUCGUCGUUGUUUUUAACAAAAAUAAUGUUACUUUACGGAGUAUUGUUUCACGAAGUUGUUGCGGAAGUAAUGAUCAUCGUGCAGAAUAUGAUAAAACUAUCGCGCAUGUUUUGAGGACGAGUGUGAGUUACACUCAUUGAAGUUGUUAAGUUUCGUGUAGGUUACACGAGAAUGUACAGGGAUUUGCGUAAGUUCUAUAUUGGCUCUAUAUUUGCUGUGGCAGUUGCGAUUGUGGAGUCGUGGAAUUUUCGUGUGGUGCGAGCAGAUUCUGAGAUAAUCCGUGAGAAUAAGGCGACGAGAAUUUCCACAUCAGUUUAUGGAAGUGUCAUUUUAUUUCAUAGCCCUGAAAAGACGUGAUGACAUUUGAUAUUUGGGGUUAUGCAACUAGUUGAAGACGUUCCUCACAAUACUUCAGGCACCUAACCUACAUUCAACAUUCCAUACGGUUCGGAAGUACGGUAUAAGUAAAAGCGGGCCACUUUCCACUUUCUUUUGCCACUGUCUUUUGAAAAGAUGUGUGUGCAAUGAAACAUCUUCGAUUGAAUUACUGAAAACUGUUACAAAUGUUUUUAAGUAUUUUAAGAUGUGGCUGCAUACAGAAACUUCAUUACGUUGUUCAUAACAAAUAAAGUUUUUCAGUGCUUUUUCUUGAAGUGUUAAAAAAUGUUUUCUUUACGUCGGGUUGUGAAGUAUAGUGUAGUGGCUGGAGCUAUUACUGGCACUGCAAUAUCUUUAAGUAAAAACCAAUAUGAUGUGGAUGCUAUUGGAAUUGUGCGAUUGGGUAGAGCAGCAUCAACUGUGUUCAGGAUAGCUUUGGAUUAUAAAAAGGCGUUAUAUGCAAAAAAUAUUGAUCCAGGGUCCCCAGAGUAUAUUACUCUCCGAUCUCAGGUACACAAAGCAGCAGCUGAAAAACUUUUAAAUUUAUGCUGCACCAACAAAGGUGUCUACAUUAAAGUUGGACAACACAUUGGAGCAUUGGAUUACUUAGUUCCCAAGGAAUAUGUUGAUACAAUGAAAGUGUUACACAGUCAUGCACCGUCUUCAAAAUUAGAAGAAAUUUAUAAAGUUCUACGUGAAGAUCUCAAGGAAGAUCCAUUGAAAAUAUUUGCAUCCAUAGAACCAGAACCUAUUGGCACAGCAUCUUUAGCACAGGUACAUAAGGCUCGUUUAAUUGAUGGAACAAUUGUAGCUGUCAAAGUUCAACAUCCAUCUGUUAGGGGCAAUUCAAGAGUAGACAUGAAGACUAUGGAAAUCUUGGUCAGUCUAGUUUCAUGGGCCUUUCCAGAAUUUAAGUUUCAGUGGCUAACAGAGGAAACAAAACGUAACAUUCCUAUCGAAUUGGACUUCACUCAAGAGGGCCAUAAUGCUGAAAAAGUUAAACGUCUUUUUAAGGAUACCUCGUGGCUUAAAGUUCCGGCGAUACACUGGGACCUUACCACACAACGGGUGUUGACAAUGGAAUUUGUGGAAGGUGGUCAAGUCAAUGACUUAGAAUAUAUUCAGUCAAAUAAAAUCAAUCCUUAUGAAGUAUCAAGCAAGCUAGGAAGACUGUAUUCCCAAAUGAUUUUUGUUGAAGGUUUUGUUCAUAGCGAUCCCCAUCCAGGCAAUAUAUUUGUUAGAAAGAAUUCUAAUAAUGAAGUAGAAAUUGUGUUGUUGGAUCAUGGAUUGUAUGCUACAUUAAGUAACGAUGUGCGAUGUGAAUAUUCAAAACUCUGGUUGAGUAUCUUCAACAUGGACAAAAAGGGUAUGCGGCAACAUUGUGAGAAACUGGGAGUAGGUGACUUGUAUGGUCUUUUUGCCUGCAUGGUUACUGGUCGUACUUGGGAUGCUUUAAUGACUGGCAUUGAUAAAACCAAGUUUAGUGUAAAAGAAAAAGCCUUAUUUCAAAAAGAAAUACCUGGACUCUUGCCUCAAAUAUCUGAUGUUUUAGCGAGAGUUAAUCGGCAGAUUCUUCUUAUAUUAAAGACGAAUGAUUUAAUGCGAGGCAUUGAACAUACUUUGAAGACUGAGACUCAGAUGACCUCCUUUCGUGUUAUGUCGCGUUGCUGUAUUGAAUCUGUGUACAAAGAACGUCUGAGAGAGUGCAAAACAUCUCUUUCUCGUUAUCAAACUCUGUUCCAGAAGCACUUGGAACUUUUCAGAUUGAAUGUGUAUUACGUGUUAUUGAAUUUACGAUCAUUGAAUGUAUUAAUAAUAUCAAUGAUAUGUAAAGUAUUUCCUGCCCGACAAUCUUGUAUUGUUGAAAAAUCAGUUAAUUAAACAUCUGUUAUGUAACCAAAAUGUUUUUUAUGAAUUGUGAAUUUUUAUAUGACAUGCGUAUGAACCAAAGUAUUGUUACCAAUGCAAAAAGUGUUAAAUAGAAUCAAUUGUACAGAUUUCUUUCAGAAUUUACAUACUUGUCUGUUGUAACCAUUAUGCUCUCUGCUUGUGGACAUAUGAAAAUAUUUAUGUGCCAUGUUAUUUUAUAAAUUAUUUCAUUCAGUACAAUAUUAAAUUGUAAUUUGAUGAGAGUGAAAAAUAAAGCAAGUAUGGUUGGUUCUGUUUGGGCAUCUACAUAAUAAUAUACAUAUAUUGUUUUUUGUGAAUUUUGACCAUGUUACCCAUAUUUUAUACAGAAUAUUUUUAUGUAGCAUUAAACAUUUGUUACCAGAAACUUUUGUUGUUGUUUUUUC